CUUUUGCUGGCCGCACCUUCGAUGUCAGUCCGAGUCUGGUCGCCGACGACUAUUGUUUAAGACGUCUAUGCUGACGCUUCUCGGGUGCCGUUCGUUUUCGUUUAUAUAUAUAUAUAAAUUGUUUUGGCCUUCCCCUUGAAUCAAGAUCCAGAUCCACAGAACAGAGAGAGAGAGAGAGUGAGAGAGAGAGAUGGAAAAAAGCGAGGAUAUAGUGAUAGUUGGGGGAGGGAUCGCAGGAUUAGCGACGGCAUUGGCCCUAAAGAGAGUUGGGAUUAAAGCUUUGGUUCUGGAGAGAUCGCCAGAGCUACGAACAACUGGUGCAGCUCUUACACUCUUCCCCAAUGCAUGGCUUGCUCUGGAAGCACUCGGUGUUGCUCACAAACUCACCUCCAUUUAUUCCCCUCUCCGAAAGGGAUUCGUCACAAAUGUUGCUAAUGGAGCUAUUCAACAAGUAACUUAUACAGGGAUUAGUGAGAAGUUCAGUGGACCUAUCCCAGUGCACAGGAGAAGCUUAUUAGAGACACUAGCAGGAGAAUUGCCCUCUGGCACCAUUCGUUUCUCUUCAAAGCUUACCUCCAUCCGUACCGCCGCCAUAGAUGAUGAAGCUUCUUCAGGUGCUAUCGUAAGUCUAGACGAUGGGACGGUCAUCAAGGCCAAGGUCUUGAUAGGGUGUGAUGGGCUGCACUCAGUGGUAGCACGCUGGUUAGGACUCAAGGAACCAGUGAAAGCAAACCGGUCAGCCAUACGUGGUCUAGCAGUAUUUCCCGAAGGCCAUGGACAUAAGGAGGAGGAAGUCUACCAGUUCAUAGACCAAGGCAAAAGAGCUGCUUUUGUUCCCUUAAAUGAUAAAGAGCUGUAUUGGUUCCUGACCUACUCUUCUACAAUUAAAGGUGAAGAGACUGCAACAGACCCCAAGUCACUACAAAAGGACGUAAUUGAGAACUUGGCCAAGGACUUCCCUCCGUCAUAUUUAGAAGUAGCUCAACAUGCUGAUCUGGCAACAGUUUCAUGGGCUCCAUUGAUGUUCAGAUAUCCGUGGAACCUAUUAUUUGGCCAAGUGUGCAAGGGGAGCAUCACGGUUGCAGGUGAUGCGAUGCAUCCAAUGACACCAGAUCUGGGCCAGGGUGGUUGUUCAGCACUCGAAGAUGCAGUCGUCCUUGGACGACACUUAGGCAAUUCUUUCCUCCUAAAUGGGCGGCGGAUUGUGGCCGUAGAGGCAGCUAAAGCUAUAGAAGGGUAUGUGAAAGAAAGGAGAUGGAGAGCUGCAACUUUGAUCACAGGGUCUUAUAUUUCAGGUUGGGUGCAGCAAGGUGGUUCUAGUUCGAUCAUGAAGUUCUUUAGGGAUACUAUCUUCUACAAGUUUCUUUACCGUAUACUUUUUGACAGUGUAGGAUAUGAUUGUGGAAAGCUUCCCAGUGUUUCUUCUUCUUCUGAAUUAGAUGGUGAUCAGACUAAGAUUGACUAGGGGUGUUUGUUUUGAUAAAAAUGCUAAAUAUAUUUCAUAUAUUAUGUUUUAAAUUCUAUUUAUUUCAAUCAUAUGAUUCACCAUGUAUUAAAUUUCAGUUGUAUUUAUCAAAUGGAUUCAUUUUUACGUCAUAUAUCUUUGAUUCU